AUGCGUCAUGUACCGCGUCUCAGGCAGCCGAGCCUGCUGGCAGCCUCCUCGAUCCAGUGCACCUGCGCCGCGCCCGCCAUACUCCCCAUCUCGGCAACAGCAGCAACAGCAGCAUCAGCACGAAGAGCCCUCUCGACGACACCCGCGACGAACAGCAGCCGCGUCCGCAAGGCCCUCUGGAAAGGCGAAGCUCCGGGACCAGAGGACCCUUACGCCGCGGAAUCCUCCCAGGCCCUCCGCCAGGCGCAGCUCGAGCGGGAGUUGGCCGACGCCGAGGCCGAGCUGGCCGCCUAUGAGGCCGACGCCAAGGAGACGCAGAGGGCGGAAGCGAGGGGCCGCCAGAAGCCCCAGAGCAGGCUCGCGCGCCAGGUGAAGAAUAAGCGCGUGUGGGCGCCGACGGAGAAGGAGGUUGAGGAGAAGGGGGAUUACGUCCCGGCCAAGACGAUUGACGGGCUCGAGGAGAUUGGAGGGCUCGAGGGGUGGUGGGAGCAGGAGGGCCGCUGGGGUAAGGAGAGCGAGUACGUCGGCUUCUCGAGCGGCGGCAAGAUCGUCGAUGCCGAUUUGUGCGCUGCGCGCGUCAGGCAGGCUGUCGUUGAGGCGCUCGCUAUCUCUGGGUCUGCUGAGCUGCAGGGCCGUUUGACGGCUGCGUGGGCCAGGGGCGACGGAGAAAGCUUCAGCAGGGCGACGGCGCUUGGGUUGAAGGUUGGGGAGAACGGGAGCGUCUCUCUCGAAGGUGACGCCUCGGCGAUCGAGGGUGUCGUCGCACCUCUGUUCGAGGCCCCGAAUGCGGAGGUUUCGGAGAACGCUGUCGAGCCCGCCAACGCGAAAGCUUUGGUCGAGGCGUGGGGCGAAGCCUGGAAGAGCAUUUCCCUUGAGGAUGCCCGCUUCAAGUUUGCUGUCCACAAGCGCGUCUUCCAACUGACAGGCCACAACGUCCACGACGCCAAGCUCGCGCAGGUCAACACGGUCGGCGACCUCAUCGCCACCAUCGUCAAGCCGCCCAAGCCGACAAAGGUCGCAGAGGCCAUCGCCCUGCAGGGCGAGCUGCUCGAGCUGCCCAACGUCCGCGUCCGCGACCGCCGUGUUACACCCAUCGACAAGGAGGUCGAGGUGGGUCGGUGGAAGGUCAUCAGAAGGGAGCUUCAGAAGAGACGUCUGCCCGUUACCGGGCACGAGCAUCUCCCCAAGCCGGUGCAGAGGGCAUGGAUCCAGGGCAAGGUAUAA